AUGAAUUACGACGAACGAACUGAUGAAAAUCGCGAAAAUGUGACUAUUAUUUGGUUUAAUUCCAUCAAUGAAGAUCUCGAAACUAAAUUAAAACAACUCCGUGAAAUCAACGAUUAUGUUUUAUAUUUUAAUCAAUUCGAUCAAUGUUUUUCGCGUAUUCAAUCGAUUGAAAACGAGACAAUGAUUUUGAUUUUAACUGAAAAAUAUUUCGUCAAAUUUUCUUCAUUAAUCGACAAAUCUUCGCAGAUCGAUUCGGUUUUUCUCUUCGAUGAAAAUUGUAAACCUUCCAACGAUUGUCCAAAGGUAAUCGGUGUUUACGACAAUUUUCAAUUCUUAUGUCAUGCGAUCGAACAGCAAAUCAAUUCGAUUGAGAAACAAUUCCAAACGUUAACCAUUUGGAAUCAGGAAAAUCAAAUUUUGAAAGAUUUUUCGAGACAAUCUGCCGAGUUUCUUUGGUUUUUGUUAUUGAAAAAUGUUCUUUAUCAAUUUCCUUCGAAUCACUUUGGAAAGAAACAAUUCGUUGAGAAAUGCCAAAUGUAUUAUCAAGGAAAUCCGAAGAAACUUGCAGAGAUAAACGACUUCGAAGAGAAUUAUCGAUCGGAUUUGGCUUUGGAAUGGUUUUUGAAGAAAUCUUUCGUUUCAAAAUUNUUUCUAAGGAAGCCUUAUGUCUAUAAUGAUACAGAUCUUUAUGUUAGUCAUUUCGAAAAUCUAUCAAAUCACUUGUCAAACGUUUGUGGUUCAUUACACACCCUCUGUGCUGUAUGGAAUCGUAUCGAUACCUAG